AUGUAUGUUGCAAUGGAUAGAGCCAUGAUGGCUCUCACGCUAGAUGAAAAAGAUGUUCCGUUCAGAAUGCCGGAGGUGCCUGGGGAAGGAAAAGUAAGGGGAAUAGCCUUAUCCCAAGAAAGAUUUCAGUUCAUCUUCCAGUCGGAGCAUGACUUGAUUGAUGUUUUGGAGAAAGGAGUUCAAACUUUCAACGAAUGGGCGAUGGUUCUUGAGAGAUGGGUGGAGAACCCUCCUGAAGAUUACCUGCAAUACAUCCCUUUGUGGGUCCGUAUCAGCCACAUUACGAUUAACUACUACACCAUACCCGCGGUGUCAGCCCUUGGAGAUAUUGUAGGGAAAGUUAAGGUGGUUGCGUUUGAUCCUUCUCAACCAGUAACACAACCGUAUAUCAGGGUUCAUGUUAUUUUCAAUGUGGCGCACCCUCUGAGGAUGUCAAAACUGAUUGACUUGGGCGAAGGAAAAUCUGCGACAAUACACUUUAACUACGAAAAUAUCCAGAAAAGGUGCUUCACUUGCCAAAGGCUCAAUCAUGAGAAAAGAAUCUGUCCUUUAGAGGUCAGACAGAGACAGGAAGAAGCCCAGCUAAGAAGAAACCGUAUCAUUGCAGAGAAAAAAAGGAUGGACCCUGUCUUGGCUCCAGAUGAUCCUCUAAGGGGUGUGUUAGAAGAGUCUCAAGUUGGUGUAAACCCCUUAACUGGGAGACCGAAGAUUGCCAUUGUGGUUCUUGAAGAGAUGAGGAAGUACAUUGUCUCAAAUACUGGUGAAGAUAUCGCCUUAAAGAUUGAAAAGAUCAAGAAAACAGUCUGUGAAGCGGAGGCUGAUCCGAUCACCCAAAAGACAGUUUUGAGUCUGGAGCCAUUGCCGGUAGUCACUGUUGAUCUCAACAGAGGAAAGGGUCUUGUGUUUGACUAUGGAGAAAGAGAGUUGGACCGCAGAAACCUUGACUUGAAUGUCAACCCGGAGAAGCUCUUAUCAGCAUCUAUGAGGGCAAUGAGAUAUGAAAAUGUCUCCAAUGUGAUGGCGAUCCGAAACUCUGAAACAAGUAGAAGAGAUGUGAAUCAGCCUUCUGGUUCGCUUGCUAUCGGUUCAACGGUUUUCAAACCUGGUUCAUCUGAACCUUUUAAAUUCGGGACAGUUAGUAGGCGAACAGUGGCUAGAAAGAGACCGUCUAGAGCUCAACGGAAUUCAAACCAAAAUGCUCUGGUGAUUGCUACAAAGUUCCAAGAAGGCACUAGAAGGGAAGGAAAACAGGAGAUGGGUUCGAAGAAGAGAAAGAAAGACCUGCAGGAGGGAGAAGACGUCUCUACCAACAAGGCGCAAUGCCUGAAGGUGGUCCCAAAGGGGGGACUGCCGAACCCCCAAUGA